GCAAUAACUACCUCUGAAUUCUCUCAGCUUGGACGACUGAACAUGAACAAGCAGACCGAGAGGAUGCCGCUCCAAGAGCGCCUUGAAGCUGUUGCAUCCCCGCCCUUCUACAGCGUCGGCGUCACGAAAGCUCACAGUGCCAUCUAUCUGAACCAGUACAGAUUGAGCCAAUGGCUUGCCGCGUCGCGCGGGCUGCUUGGAAGCACAACACACAGGCCCUCUCGUCCGCCCCGGCCUGAGGAGUUCCCUCGCGGUCACCUGGAAGAGGACAACGAAAUGGUGUUGGCGCGUGUACGCAAGGCGCAGGCGUCGCUUCAAACAUCGUUGUCAAGGCUUGACCAGGAUCUCCAAAAACUACAGAAUGCUCUGCUUUCGACAAGAAGAAAGUCGGCGGUUCGUACCGGUCUCUUUACAUUGUUUGCCUGCGCAUUUCUCUCUAUUCUCGUUGCCUGGUCCCGGCGCGGGCAGAUGCUGGGCAUGUACAUGGUCCCACGCACACUUCAGCCGCUCGUUCCACUCCUCCCUUCUCCUAUCGCGAUUCUCUUGAUUGCCAAUAGAGAACGACAAAUCUGGGCCGUUGCUUCAGCGAGGUCUCGAGUCGAGGCGCUGCGCGUCACUCUUGGAUCCUCUCAACCUGUUUCGCCCGAGGAUAUUGCUUGGCUUGAGAGUGAAGAAUGGGAUGGCGUGAACUGGGGUCUGGUUGGCCUAUGA